UCACUCCUUCCCGGGCUCCUAGCCUCCGCGGGGACCCCUCCCGUCUAGUUGCAGCCACCUGCGAGCGGAGACCGGGCUCCAGCUUCCCAUCGCAGAACUCUCUGUGGCCUGCGUGGAAGAGGAGACAGAUAGGCCUGGCGACCAAUGAGAGCUCUGCUCUCUCGCCCGCCGCCCAAUGAGCGUUGGCCCCCAGGCGGGGCGGGGCUAGGUGGGCAGCAGGGGGCGGGCCGGGGCGGUGCGCUGUGCGGAGGUUCGGCUGCCAACAGAGCGAGCGCGUCGCAGGGAGUCUGCGCCCAGGCGACGCGGGAAGGCGCGUCCUCCGCCGCUGCUGACCAAGGUGCUGGACACCACAGGCCUGUCGGCCGCCUACCCAGCUCAGGCACCCGCUGCUGCAGCCACUGCUGCCUCCUUUCCCGCCAGGUCCCCAUGGAAGAGAUGGAAGAAGAGUUAAAAUGCCCCGUGUGCGGCUCCUUCUACCGGGAGCCCAUCAUCCUGCCCUGCUCUCACAAUUUAUGCCAGGCGUGCGCCCGCAACAUCCUGGUGCAGACCCCGGAGUCCGAGUCCCCCCAGAGCCGUAGGGCCUCGGGCUCUGGGGUCUCCGACUACGACUAUCUGGACCUGGACAAGAUGAGCCUGUACAGCGAAGCGGACAGCGGCUAUGGCUCCUACGGAGGUUUCGCCAGCGCCCCCACUACCCCGUGCCAGAAGUCUCCCAACGGAGUCCGCGUUUUCCCCCCUGCUAUGCCGCCCCCGGCCACCCACCUGUCACCGGCCUUGGCCCCGGUGCCCCGCAACUCCUGUAUCACCUGUCCCCAGUGCCACCGCAGCCUCAUCCUGGAUGACCGGGGGCUCCGCGGCUUCCCCAAGAACCGCGUCUUGGAAGGGGUCAUCGACCGCUACCAACAGAGCAAAGCCGCGGCCCUCAAGUGCCAGCUCUGCGAGAAGGCGCCCAAGGAGGCCACCGUCAUGUGCGAACAGUGCGAUGUCUUCUACUGUGACCCUUGCCGCCUGCGCUGCCACCCGCCCCGGGGCCCCCUUGCCAAACACCGCCUGGUGCCCCCGGCACAGGGCCGCGUGAGCCGGAGGCUGAGCCCACGCAAGGUGUCCACCUGCACAGACCAUGAGCUGGAGAACCACAGCAUGUACUGCGUGCAGUGCAAGAUGCCGGUGUGCUACCAGUGCCUGGAGGAGGGCAAACACUCGAGCCACGAAGUCAAGGCUCUGGGGGCUAUGUGGAAACUGCACAAGAGCCAGCUCUCCCAGGCACUGAAUGGAUUGUCAGACAGGGCCAAAGAAGCCAAGGAGUUUCUGGUGCAACUUCGCAAUAUGGUGCAGCAGAUCCAGGAGAACAGCGUGGAGUUUGAGGCCUGCCUGGUGGCCCAGUGUGAUGCCCUCAUCGAUGCCCUCAACAGAAGGAAGGCGCAGCUGCUGGCCCGGGUCAACAAGGAACAUGAGCACAAGCUGAAGGUGGUUCGGGACCAGAUCUCUCACUGCACAGUGAAACUACGCCAGACCACAGGCCUCAUGGAGUACUGCCUGGAAGUGAUUAAGGAGAAUGAUCCUAGUGGCUUUCUGCAGAUUUCAGAUGCCCUCAUAAGACGAGUGCACUUGACUGAGGAUCAGUGGGGGAAGGGCACACUCACUCCCAGGAUGACCACAGACUUUGACUUGAGCCUGGACAACAGCCCUCUGCUGCAAUCCAUUCAUCAGCUCGACUUCGUGCAAGUGAAAGCUUCCUCUCCAGUCCCAGCAACCCCCAUUCUACAGCUGGAGGAGUGUUGUACCCACAAUAACAGUGCUACACUGUCCUGGAAACAGCCCCCUCUGUCUACCGUGGCUGCUGAAGGAUACAUUCUGGAACUGGAUGAUGGAAGUGGUGGUCAGUUCCGGGAAGUAUAUGUUGGAAAAGAGACAAUGUGCACGGUGGACGGCCUUCACUUCAACAGCACAUAUAACGCACGAGUCAAGGCCUUCAACAAAACAGGAGUCAGUCCCUACAGCAAGACGCUCGUCCUACAGACGUCUGAGGACACAGAUUCAGAAGAACAGACCCUCCCUUUUCCAGUGCCUUCGGAAAGAUUGCCGCUCCGUAGAAUGAGUCCUUUCUCCUCCACCCUUAAUCUACAACCCAGCUUCCCCGGGAGAUCCUACUUUGAUUUCCGAUCCUCACCCCACCAGCUGAGCUUGCACUCUUCUUUACAGUCUCUCAAUGCACCGGGAUGCAAUUUUGAGACACAGUCUGCACCUUACUCUCAAUUAGUUGACAUUAAAAAGCUGUUGGCAGUGGCCUGGUUCGCUUUUGACCCUGGCUCUGCACACUCAGACAUCAUCUUCUCCAAUGACAACCUGACAGUGACCUGCAGUAGCUACGAUGACCGGGUGGUGUUGGGGAAGACUGGCUUCUCCAAGGGCGUCCACUACUGGGAGCUAACCAUAGAUCGCUAUGACAACCACCCUGAUCCUGCAUUUGGAGUGGCUCGCAUCGAUGUGAUGAAGGAUGUGAUGUUAGGAAAGGACGACAAAGCUUGGGCAAUGUAUGUGGACAAUAACCGGAGCUGGUUCAUGCACAACAACUCGCACACCAACAGAACCGAGGGAGGGAUCACAAAAGGGGCCACCAUUGGCGUCCUCCUCGACUUAAAUAGAAAGACCUUGACAUUUUUCAUCAACGAUGAGCAGCAAGGCCCCAUAGCAUUUGAGAACGUGGAGGGCCUAUUCUUCCCUGCCGUCAGUCUGAACAGGAAUGUGCAGGUCACACUUCACACCGGGCUCCCAGUCCCUGAUUUCUACUCCAGUAGAGCCUCCAUAGCCUAACAGUGUGCUGUGGAGGCACCAGCUGCCCAAGAAAGGGACAACGCAGAGCCCUGCAAGCUGUGGCAGGACACAGAAUUGGCAGAAGACAGAAGAGGAGAGCAGCUGGUCCUCUGCAAUCUUCACCCCCACAGCUCUGCCCUUUCCCACCAGCCUCUCCGAGUCACUCGACUUCCCUUCCUUAUCCAGCAGUUCUAACCCACAGAGGACCUCAGCAACUCACCACGUCACUUCAUUUCCACUCUCACAUGUUGCUUUUCUUUAACUUAAUUUUUUAAAUGUAGGUUGAGUUCAUUUUGUUUCCUUUCUGAUCAUGUUUUUGGUGACUUACCUAACUGGCACAGCCAAGAGAAAAAUUCUCCUGGAAACUCUUUUCUUAAGAUUUUGGUCAAAGAGGUUGUAGGAGGAGGGGUUUGGGGGGCAGGUAGAAGAGAAUAAGCUAAAUUUAGAGCUUGCCAUUUAACUCCUAGAAUGUUCUUGCCCUGAUACUUCUCAGGAAGUGUGGGUCUGCAUGACCGACAUCUUGGGAGGUGGGCAGAGUACACCUGGCACUGAGAAGUCUUACCACAUCCUGAAGCACAAACACAUCAGCUACACAGGUGCACAGCAGAGUAGGACCAUUGAGGUUGGCUCUAAACACAGGCAGACCGGGGGUUAAGCAUUUGAUUCAUUUAGUUAAUAUAGGUUUUUAAUUAGGAACUACUACAGACCAGGCACUGUUCAAGACACUAGAACACUGUGUUCUAGACACUGUGGAAACACCAGGUGAAAAGAUGAACAGUCUCCGCCUUCCUAGAACUUCGAUUCUGGAAGGAGAACAAAGCAAGCAUUAAACAAUUUCAAGUUGUU